GCCAGGUCAGAAGUCAGGGGCAGCACUGAGCCCAUACACCUGAAGGCCAGGCGUGGAAGAGGAGCGUCUUGUCCCCAGGUAGGGGAAGGUGACCAGGGACUGUUGUCACCCGGCACCGGCAAGUGCAGGUCCUAACCAGAAAAGCAUGUAAACUUAAAAAGCUCAAAAUUUCACAACAGGGGUCCGGCUGCGGCGCGAGAGCCAUGGCGGCCUCUGAGGCAGUGGAGGCGGAUCCCGCGGCUCUCGCCUCGGGUGCCCCGGCUGUCCCGGCGGCCGCAAGGGGUGCCGCCGCCGCCUCAGGUCCUUGGGGUCCCCCUAGGCAGCUGAGAGGCAGCCAGCCCCGACCCACGGUGGCGAGGCAGCAGCCCACGGGUUCAGUGUUGCCAACCCCGGAGCUCAUCCAGCCGCUGGUGAGCGAGCUGUCCUGGGCCGUGAGGACCAACAUCCCGUGCCUGGUGCGCAGCUGCAGCGAGAUCCUGCCCAACAGCCCCGCGCUCAACAUGCACCGCCUGUGGGAUGGCAUAGUGAAUCCAACAAUAAGAAAAGAUUUGAAAACCGUGCCGAAAUUCUACGGCUGCUGCUGCUAAGUCGCUUCAGUCAUGUCCGACUC